UGUUUCUCUGAUGAACUCUUGACAGUCAGAGCUCCAGAACAACACCAGGCAUACUUGGACUGAUCUCACAUUAUAUUCUAUUGGAAAGUCAAUUGUGUUUAUAUGUAGAUUACAUAAGAUAUUAUUUAUUAUUAAGAGCAAAGUGUACCAGAGUCAAAUUCCUUGCUUGUCUGAACAAACUUGGCAAUAAAGCUCAUUCUGAUUCUGAUUUAUCUUCCAAAGUAUAUUUUUGAUUCUCUUCUAUGGGAACACAGUGCCUCCUAGUGUUUAGUUCUGGCAAAACCUGUAAACCAGAAUCUACUAAGUUUAAAAUGUUAAUAACAUGAAAGGGUGUGUCACACCCUAAUCAGCUAAUUAACUCCAAAGACCCGCAAAGGUUUCCUGAGCCUCUAAAUGGUAUCUCAGUCUGUGUCAGUAGGAGACACAAUCAUGGGGAAGACUGCUGACUGGACAGAUGUCCAGAAGACAGUCAUUGACACUCUCCACAAGGAAGUUAUUGCAUAAUAGGUCAUUGCUAAAGGAGAUGGUUGUUCAUAGAGCGCUAAAUCCAAGUAGAUUCAUAGGAAGUUGAGUGGAAGGAAAAAGUGUGGUAGGAGUAGGUGCAUCAGCACCAGGGAUAACUGUAGGAUUGUUGAGCAAAAUCUAUUCAAGAAUGUGGUUGAGCUCCACAAGAAGUGAAGGAGUAUUGUCAAGAGGAAGAUGAGAGACACCAGAACCAACAAUGAAGAUGGCCUGAAGGAUGCAAUAAAAGCAACCUGGACUUCCUGAACACCUCAACAGAACCACAGGUAUAUCUCCUUCAUGUCGUGCCGCAUUUAUGCAUUAUUUCAUGCAAAAGGAGCAGAGACCCAGUAAUGAGUGAAUGGAAAUUAACCUAGUUUUCAGAAGCCUGACAUUUCUGUUUUAAAUAGCCUUUUUUAUUGAUCUGAUGUGAUAAAGAGACCGAAUUCUGUGUUUUCAUUCUCUGUAAACCAGAAUCACCUGAAGUACAAGAAACAAAGGCUGAAAUAUUGCCCUUUAUGUGAUGAAUCAAUAUAAUAGAGUUUCACUUUCUCAAAUAGGGACAAAAAUAUUUUACUUUUUCAGGGUGUAAUUUUUUUAAAUGUACCUGUAUACACAUAUCUUCACCAGCCACUUUAUUAGGUACACCUUGCUUGUAGCUGGCGGGAAUUAGAGAUGGGUUCCCUUCCCAAUUAAGGCUAAACAGCUGCAAUUACUAUGUUAUGUGUAUUUAAACUGUAAACUGGAGAUGUUUAAUGUACAGCUCUCUGAGACUUAUUGACAGCAGUAACUGAAUUCAUCCUGAUGGUGGCGCUGUUGGUGUUUUUGCCAUUCCUUACUAAAUCUCAGAUCAAGAUAAACUGGGAUUGCUGCUCGGCUCUCGUUAAGCUCGUUAACCCAGAUUAGAAUUAGAUCUCAGUUUGACAGUAGUGGGCGGGACUAAUGUCGUCUAGCCCCGCCCCUUGACCUCAGCCAUUGUGGUUGUUUGUCCUAUGAGAACUAAUGUUAGUGUAAGAGCUGGUGUGUGUGUGUGUGUGCAUGUGAUUAGGGGGGAUUAACUGUUGGCAGUGAGCAGCAGUUUGAGACAACGUGCAGACAGUCGGAGACUCUGACAUGCGCCAACGGAUCAGCUGAGGUGAAAUGAGCUGAAGGUUACCUUUGACUGUCUGGCCGUUUGAUCCCAUAAGGAACAGACCUGGAUCGCCAGGGUCAGGGUUCAGACCUGUCUGCUGGUUCUGGUGAUGACCGAGAGACAGAGAGGCGGUUGUGAGUUGGUGGCUGGUACAGACGGGUCGGCUCUAUGUGUGAGCGUCUUUGUUUCUGUCAUGUGACCAUCUGAGCUGAGAGCUGAUGUCAGAAGGGGAGCAGGAGCCCAUCAGCAGGUGACCCCCUUCCCAUGAUGCCCUGCAGCUUUGGGGGUUCACCAUGGGAGAUGAGUCCUACCCAGAAUGCCGAGCUCAGGAGCUGUUUGAUGAGUUUGUGUCAGCAUCGACCUGCAGGGCGGCGCUGCACUGCUUCAGCCAGCUGUGUGAACAUCUUCAGCUGGAUCACAACACCACUGAUAAGCCUCUCUACCAACCAAUCAAACAGCGGCUCAACUACUGGAAGGCCAAUGCUCUGUGGGCCAAACUGGACCGGAGGGCAGCACAGCAGGAGUACCAGAGGGGCCGGGUCUGCAGCAACAUGACCUGUGUGAUCAUUGGGGCGGGGCCCUGUGGCCUUAGGACAGCAGUGGAGCUGUGCUUCAUGGGAGCCCGGGUGGUGGUCCUGGAGAAAAGGGAUUCAUUUUCCAGGAACAACGUGCUCCACCUUUGGCCCUUCACCAUCUAUGACCUGCGGGGCCUCGGGGCCAAAAAGUUCUAUGGAAAGUUCUGUGCGGGAUCCAUCGACCACAUCAGUAUCCGCCAGCUGCAGCUCGUCCUGCUAAAGGUUGCCUUGCUCCUUGGUGUCAAAGUGCACGUCAAUGUGGAGUUCAAACAGCUGGUGGAGCCACCAGAGGACCAGCUCAGAAACAAGGAGGGCUGGAAAAUGGAGGUGAGUCCGAAGUCCCACCCGGUCAAUAAGCUGGAGUUUGAUGUCAUGAUAGGAGCAGAUGGACGCAGGAACACGUUGCCAGGUUUCAGGCGAAAGGAGUUUAGGGGGAAGCUUGCCAUCGCCAUCACAGCCAACUUUAAAAACAGAAACACCUCAGCAGAGGCCAAAGUGGAAGAGAUCAGUGGAGUGGCUUUCAUCUUCAACCAAAGGUUCUUUCAGGAACUGCGGCAGGAAACUGGUAUUGACCUGGAGAACAUUGUUUACUACAAGGAUGACACACAUUACUUUGUUAUGACAGCAAAGAAACAAAGUCUGUUGAACAAAGGAGUCAUUCUGCAGGACUUUGGAGACACUGAGCAGCUCCUCUCUCGAGGAAAUGUGGACCAGGAGGCUUUGCAGGCAUAUGCCCGUGAGGCCGCUGACUUCUCUACCAAUCACCAGCUGCCAAUCCUGGACUUUGCCAUGAACCAUUAUGGUCAGCCAGAUGUUGCCAUGUUCGACUUUACCUGCAUGUAUGCAUCAGAGAACGCUGCCAUGAUUCGCCAACGGCACGGACACCAGUUGCUGGUCAGUCUGGUCGGAGACAGUCUGCUGGAGCCAUUUUGGCCGAUGGGGACAGGAGUAGCUCGUGGGUUCCUAGCAGCUCUGGAUUCAGCCUGGAUGAUAAGAAGUUGGGCUCAGGGUGGAGCACCUCUGGAUGUCCUGGCUGAGAGGGAGAGUUUGUAUCGUCUGCUCCCUCAGACAACUCCAGAGAACAUGCAGAAGAGCAUCAGUCUGUUCACUGUAGAUCCAGUGACAAGAUACAUGAACAUCAGCCCUCUGACUGUCACACCUGCUCAGGUGAAACACCUGGUGGACACAGGCAAAGACCAGGUGCCAAACACAAGUGAAAGCGAUAUUAUCCGGCUGCAUUCUCCAAGACUUCUAAGACAAGACUCCUUCUCUCAGUCCAAUCAGCUGCUGACUUGGUGUCAGCAGCUGACUCGUGGUUACAGAGGUGUCAUAGUUUGUGACCUGACUACUUCCUGGAAGAAUGGCCUGGCCUUGUGUGCCCUUAUCCACCGAUGCCGACCAGAUCUGAUAGACUAUGACUCUCUGGACGAGUCAUCAGUGGAGGAAAACGUCCGACUCGCAUUUGACAUGGCUGAGCGAGAGUUUGGGAUUUCUCCUCUCAUGACAGUGGAAGAAAUGUCGUCUGUGGGAGAACCGGACUCUCUUUCUAUGGUGAUGUACCUGAGUCAGUUCUACCAGCUGCACAAAGAAUCACUGCGCCCUGCUGGCUCCCUGAUUCAGAAUGCUGACCUGAGAGCAGCUCUCAUCACUCCAGCUUCUCUCCUCAGCAGACUGGGAGCCAGUCCUUCCAGGAGGAGAAACCCAAAGGAGCAUGGAGAGGCUCUGGGCAAAAGGAGAAGGAUGAGUCAGGAGUGUGGUGAGCUUCAGGAGUCAUGUGACCUUAAUGGUGACUUUGAUGAGAACUUUGUGGGCGGGACCAGUCGGUCCCGAGUUCGUCUGAUGGCCAAUCAGCUACAGGCGAAGCUGGACGAGAGCUCUGCAACUUGCAUGAGUUCCUCAUCUUCCUCAGCUUACGCGCUACGCCAGCAGCAGGGGGCGCCGCCCAGCCUCCCUUCUCCUUCAGAGUCUGCAAACCACCAGCAGGUCACUCCUCCUGUUCAGGCGUCGUCAUGGAGACCGAAAAAACGAACCUUUCAGCAGGAGCAGAUGAGUUUUCGCUUCAGAGAGAGGAUCAAGUCUAACUGGGCCUCCAGCAGGGAUGAGCAGUGUCUUCAGAUGUACACCGGUGGAGUGAGCUCAUUGGCUGAGCAGAUAGCCAGUCGUAUUCAGCAUCAGCAGAGUAGCUUGGUCUCUGUCAGCAGUGACGUCUGUUUCUUCUGUAAGCAGAGGGUCUAUGUGAUGGAGCGUCUGAGCGCAGAGGGUCUGUUCUUCCAUCGCAGCUGUUUCCGCUGUGGCUCCUGCAGCGCCCCCCUCAGGCUGGUUUCCUACAGCUAUGACCAGGACAGCGGGACGUUUCACUGUCUGCAGUAUCCCGACUGUGAGCUGGACGCUCCCACGCCGAGGAAGAGGCCAACUCCGUCUGCCUCACUUGGAACAUCGACGCCGUCUCUGUCUUCAGCUCCUUCCCUCUCUGACUCUCUGACCGAGCGGCGUCGGUCUUCAGCUGCUUCUGUGAUGAUGGCGACACCGGAGAGGAUCGAGCUGGAAAACUGCAGGAAGGAGGAGCUGCAGGAGAAGCCCGAGGAAGUCUCGGAGGAGGUCCUGAACCGAUUCAACCUGAGCGUGGACGAGGGUGUGCGUGUCAGUUCAGAGGAAGAGGAGGGUGAAGAAGGUCCUGGAUGUGUUUCCUCACAGGAGGCGACAUCUGCAUGGAGGGAAACUCUGCUCCCUCUGAGAGGUGAGGAAGAGGAGGAGAGAGAAGAGAACGAGUCCAGCGACGAGGGGGAGUACAGCCCCUGGGAGAUGGAGCGCCGCUCGGGUCUCUGGCUCCUGUUAGAGGAGGAAUCAGAGCUGGAGUUUUCUCCUUACACCUCUCGCACACCUGUGCAACAUGGCUCCGCCUCCAGCCUGCAGCCCUGUAUCUCCUGCUCUCCAUCUCCCUCUAUAACUCCGCCCACUGCACCGACGCCCUCCACUGCCUCCUUCGUCACCUCACCAGACUCCACCCCUGACUCUGACAUAGCCAAAGCUCCUCUGUCACCUGUCAUCGUCAUGGAGACGACAGCAAAGAAAGGACCUACAGCAAGGGGGCGGGGCUCGUUUGAUGACAUCACACCUGAACUGCCACAGAAGAAGGCCCUCCUCCAGCAGGAGGAUUCAAAGGUGCAGAGAGAAGAAGAAAUGUCAGAUGGUGUGAUGAUGAGAAGGAGGCACAGAGAAGCUCAGAGUCUGCCCCCCAGCCUCCUUCUACCUUUUGGAUGUGGAGCUUUCCUUCUCCACCUGAAGGAGAAGCUCAGAGAGGCUCCUCCCCCUGCGCAGGUGGAGUUUGGUGGAGGUGGAGCCAGAGGCCUGCUCAAGGCAGUGAUCCCUGGAAACAGAGAGAAUCAGAAAAGGAGGGGCGGGACGUUACCUGCAGAGAAGCCAAGGGGGUUACCAGCCAAUCAGAGGAGAGUUCCAGGAGAGGAAUCGGAUCUGGACUCAUUGACGCUGCUCCAGAGAUGUUCGCUGAAACCCAGGAACAACCUGCAGUUGGAGUUGUUUGAGCUGGUGUCUGAGCUCCAGAAAGUUAAAGUGGAGGGAGAGGAGGAGGAGGAAGAGGAGAACCAGCCGCAGGCAUACGUUCCUCACGCUCUGGCGUUCAGGCGAUCGUAUGGAGUCAAGAGGAAACCCUUGAAGGACAGAGUCCAAGACUCUGAUGGACAGUCCUCGUGUCCCACAGAGGUCGUGGGAGUCCUAACCCAGCCCAAGGAACCAUCCAGUUUGAGCAUGAGGGAGACCAUGUUCCAGAAAGAGCGAGAGGAUGAAGACGAAGACCUGGACACCAAAAUAACUCGACGGGUUCAGAGAGCUGCCAGGAGACAGGCCAAGAAGGAUCAGUUGAAGAGACUGCACAAGGCUCAGAUGAUCCAGCUGCAGCUGCAGCAGGUGGAGGUGAAGCAGAGAGAGCUGGAGGAGAGAGGUGUGAUGGUGGAGAAAGCUCUGAGAGGAGAAGCAGACUACUGGGAGGAUUCCAGCCAUGGUCCAGACAUGGAGCUUCACCUGGGAGGACUGGGUAAAGUGGACAAUCUGAAUCUGAUGCAGCAGUGGUUCCAGCUGGUCCAGCAGAAGAACUCUCUGGUCCGAUAUGAAUCUGAACUCAUGAUAUUUGCUCGUGAGCUGCAGCUAGAAGACAGACAGAGUUGCCUCCAGCAGGAGCUCAGAGAGAGGAUGGCAGUGGAUGAUCACCUGAAGGAUGAGGAGCAGCUUGCUGAGGAGCGCUUGAUCUUGGAGGAGAUGCUGGAGGUGGUGGAACAGAGGGAUGCUCUGGUGUCUCUGCUGGAGGAGCAGCGGCUGCUGGAGAGACAGGAAGACCAGGACCUGGAGCAGGUCUUGAUGGCCGGAGGACUAGCACUCAGCUGGACCUGAAGGAACUGGUGUGAACUAGACUGUUGAAGACUCAGCAGAUGCAGAAACUGAAUACAGAUGCAAUUCGACAGAAUGCAGUCAGAACCAAAUCCUACCAGAACUGAACGGGAUCUGAUGGAGCUGCUGGGUCUUGCUAAAAGUGAUCAAGUUCUGUUGGCUGUUUCUGGAUGAAGUAGGCGAAGCAUGUUUGUGUCCACCUCCAACGUAUCUGUGGUUCUGGUUCUGUAACUCUUUAAAAAAAAGGAGCCGCAGUUUAAUCAGGGUAGCUGCGGCGCCAAAAAACGACUGGACCCUAACAGGACUUCACUGACAGUAACAUUUUAAUGGUGUCGGUCCAAUUUAAAUCUGAUCUGAUCUGUGUUUCCUGAAGCUCUUUGAAUUAUCUUCAUGAACAAUAACUAAAUAAAACAUAUUUGUUUGAAAUAUAUGAAUAUGAAAUGAUCCAAAAGGCAAUGAAUAAUAAGAGAUAAAUAAUCCUGGAUUAUUCCAUCUUUAUUCCAGUUAUUUUGGCACCAAACAGCAGAAGGAAGCAGUUCAGACUAAAUUCAUUGUCAGUAAUCUGAGUUUGGGAUGUUUGCUUAACAUGUUGAUGACAGGAAGUGAUCUCACCAUCAUGAACAUCAUGUGACCUGAGCUCCAGUGUUGGCUGCUGAUCACCUGUCUGCCUUAUUUCCUCAUUAAUGUAUGAAUUCUGAUGGAUCUAACAAAGUUCUGACUUCAUGUGUUGUUUAAUAAAGACUGAGGUUUUCUGCUUA